UCCACCAUCACAGGAACAUCAUCGCUACACAACCUCAACAUUUGCAGGAUAUUACACUGCAGACGAAUCGGUGAGUCCUUUUCCCUGAAGACAACAGAAGAUGGCUGAGUCGACUGUUUUUCAAAGUUAUUUGAGCUGCCCCGUUUGUGCUGAAACGCUGAAGGAUCCCGUAUCUCUGAGCUGCAGCCACAACUUCUGCGCCAGCUGUCUGCAGAGAUUCUGGCAAGAAUCUAGGAGCAAAAACUGCCCCGUUUGUAAAAGAAGAUCCUCAAGAGAAAACCUCUCUGUGAACUACACUCUGAAGGAACUCGCCAACUCUUUUGCCGGAAGACAAGCACCUGAACCAUCCCCGUGGCUCCAACCACCUGAACCAUCCCCAUGGCUCCAAACACCUGAACCAUCCCCAUGGCUCCAACCAGAACAGAAGCUAAUAGUGGUGUGUAGCAUUCAUCCAGAUGAUCCAAAAUACUUCUGUAAAGAUGAGCAGAGAGCUGUGUGUCACAUGUGUGAGUUCACUCUCCACCAAAACCACAAAGUGGUUCCGAUAGACCAGGCCAUCAACGAGCUGAAGGUGCUGCUCAGAUCUGAUUUAAAGACUCUGCAGGACAAGAGGAACUGGAACAUGCAGGCGGAGAAAGCGUACAGCCAAAUGGCAGAACACCUAAAAAUCCAGGUGUUGACGACUGAGAGUCAGAUCAGGGCAGAGUUCAGCAAGCUCCACCAGUUCCUGAAAGAGGAAGAGGAAUCCAGACUGGCAGCUCUGAGGGAGGAAGAGGAGCUGAAGGGAACAACUAUCAAUAGAUUUCUCAGCAGGAUUCAGGAGCAGAUCUCUUUGCUGACAGACAGUAUUUACGCGAUUGAAGAGGAUCUCCGCAAAACUGUCUUGCCGUUCCUCAGCACCUAUAAAGCCACUCAGAGCAAAGCCAGAAGUCAGAGGUCACUGCCAGAUCCACAGCUGGUCUCAGGAGCUCUGAUAGAUGUGGCCAAACACCUGGGCAACCUGUCCUUCAGAGUCUGGGAGAAGAUGAAGGGGAAGGCCCUCUUCAGUCCCAUCAUUCUGGAUCCAAACACCGCUCAUCCCAGCCUCUAUCUGUCCGAUGAUCUGACCAGUGUUAAAUGUGGAGAAACAUGGCAGCAGCUUCCUGACAACCCAGAGAGAAACAUCAAGUAUGCCAACGUUUUCGGUUCUGAGGGCUACGGCUCAGGGAAGCACAGCUGGGAUGUGGAGGUGGGAGAUCAUCCUGACUGGAUUAUUGGUUUGGUUAAAGAGUCCUUCGACCGAAAGAGAGAGACAUUUGCUUCAGCUAAGUUUGGAGUUUUAGUUCUGGUGCAUCGCGGUGGAAAAUACUCCAACGGUGCAGGCAAGGCAGUGACAGUCAGGAGGAAUCUGCAGAGGAUCAGAAUCCAUCUGGACUACAAUGGGGGAGAGGUGUCCUUCUACAACUGUGAGGACAAGAGUCUCCUCUGCAGUCACAGAGACACUUUCACUGAGAAACUCUUCCCAUACUUCUGCAUCGGAAAGGCCGGCGAGGUUAAAACAUCUCAUGUUAAAGUCUGUAAAAUGUCUCCCUGAGUAAUAAAAUCAGAGUAUGACAGGUACGCUCCAUCAGAAAGCAGAAAAUAUCUGUGGAUACUACAUGCAAACAGACAAUACUACAAAAAAUUGUAAAAAAUUAAGUGAAAACAUAAAAAUAUCUACAUGUUAAAAAUAAAAUGGGGAAAUUGCUGGUAGACUUUGUAAAAAGCUUUUCCAAUUAUCCAAAAUUCCUGAGCUUUUACUAAUGACUAUUAUAUAAAAAAUAACUUUCACUUCUUAAUAUGAAACAUUUAUUUUUGUUUUAUUUAUGUAUUAGUUUUUUGUGGUUGAUGCUCUUCAUUUUAAUGUCAUAAUGAGAUUUUCAAAGUGUUUGUGAUUAAAUUCUUUGCAUUGCUUUGUUUAAUAUUUGUAUAGAUUAUUUUUGCUGAAGAGGAAUCAGGGAUUCAAAUGUUUUAUUUUAAUGUCAGACCUCCAAACAUGAUACUUGGGCGUUGGGACACAAUGGGACUAGAUUAUUGGGAUUUGUAUGUAUCUUCUCUUGUAUUUUAUCUUAUCAAAGGUCUCCUUUAUCUGUGUAGGAUAAUGUUCUGUAAAUUUGUUCACUGAUAAUAAUAUUAUAGCUCCAAAACUAAGGAAAUAAAUCUAAUUUUAAAGUUUCUUGUGCAUUUAUUCAAUUAAAGUUCAGUUAACAAGACAUUUACCAUAAAAGGUUGAAAAACUGAAACCAAAGCUAGUAAUUUUUUGUCUCUAAAGAUGAAAAUUGAAGUAACUUUAUACUCAUAUUUGCACCAAUUCUACUGUUGAAUUUGUUUUUUCUUACUGAAAAUGAACAUAAAGAAAAUAACCGCAUUCCAUUGAUAUGUGCACCUGGACUUUAUAGAAACAUUAAACAUUACA